AUUUUCUUGUUGAAACGACCUUAGUACUCCAGACAACGCGAUCCUGCCCAUUGUGUGACAUUUUUCUGCUCAUCUAACAGAAUUUUCGCGAACAGUCGCUACUUUCGUCACACUGACGCUACAACACCCCACCGGUUUCCGGAACCGUUAAGGUCAUGCGUCACUGUUAAGCCACUGCCCGUUUUCCACGUCGUUCUUCGGUGUUCGUCCAACUAAGGUGUGGCCGAUGCUGGAAUUGUGGUAAGAUCCCCACACAUGAUACCGGCUUUUUAACCACAGAAAUAUAACCUUGAUCACCGCCGCGUAAUCAGCAGCCAGCGAUCAGCAGGCACUACUGUUCGUUGUCAGCGCGACGCUGAAAAACACCGCUUAUCACUGCUGCACAUCGCCUAUGCUGUCAGCGUUAACGUGAAAUUGACUGGCGCGCGUUUCCGUGCAUCCUCGUAGGAAUUCCAGCUUAAAGCGCUGACUGGCUGCAGUGCGUGUGUUUCACUUCGAAGUCUUCGUGAGUCAAAACAGAGUUGUUGUUUGCGUUGUUCGACGGACAUAUUUAUGCCGUGUGGAAGUGGAGCGAACGGUCCAUAGUUUUUGCGUUUUGGUGUUCUUGACUUUAUUUUGCCGGACGUUGAAGGCGCGUUCUGGAUGUAAACAGCGGUUGAACAGAGAUUGCAGUGAUUUGUAUUUUUAAAGUGGAGAUAUUCUCGCGGUGAGACAUUUUGUUGUCAGUCUGGUUUGGUGCGCAACUGAAGGAAAAUUUUCAACAUGGAAUUAAGAAUUGUUCGAUUGUUUCUCUCUUCUGUGUUUCUUGCGGCUUGUGUCCAUGGAGCUUUAUACUACGAAUAUCCCGAAAUCCGGAUGGAGCAGUACUGCGAUCAGACGGUCUACCUAACCUGUCCCGACAGCGACAGUUCCAGCGGACGAGCGGGAAAGCUGCACUUUUGGAUUGUGCCGCUGGAGAACUGCUCGGUCAGUGUACAGACCAGUUACUGCUCGACGCCGCAUGCCGUCUACUUUAACAUACCGCGUUCGGAUUUGGCCAUGGAGGAUUUCCUGGAGGUGUACGAGAAUGUGCAGACCGGCAGCCGCGGUACCCUUAUUAAGCGAAUCCCAGGUGGUUCCAGCCCGCGCAGCCGUGAGCCGAAUUCGGUGGCGCAGCUGUUGACAUCGUACAGCAACAAACAGCGUCUCACCUUCAACCUGUACAUUGAACCGAAAACGGCCCGCAACUACUCGCACGAAGUGGUCUUCGAUUAUACCAUCGUUAAAAAUGUGACCGGACCGAGCGAAACCUACUGCCGCGCCCUGAAAGGUUACAUCCACAGUGACAUCAUCUGCGUGGACAGCAGCGACGACCGGCUGAACUGCCCGGUGGCCUACUAUCCCACCACCGGCAUCUCCAACCGCGCUUUCCGCCAACAGACAUGCAGUUCCAGUACGCGACUGGGUACAACGCGACGAGGCGGCUAUACCGGUUCAUCGUAUACCACUACCGAUGCGCCUAGACGCGACGGCGACCAGACUACGCGCUCGUAUUACGGAUCACCGCAGGAGGCCCAUAUUGACCGGUCGUUCGAUGAGCUGAAAAGCCUGAGCAUAGCGGCCAUCUUCCUGCUGCUCGUUAUCGGCGUUCUGCUCAGCGUCUUCCUGACCAUCUUCAUUAUGCGGCUGGCCGGCAAGCCUCUCCCCUUUAUUGGGCCAUACCGGAGGCCGGUAGGCGGUGACCGUAACGGGGAUUCUAAUCCGCUGUGGGAUCCCAGCGGCAGCACUCCCGACAAAUUCUAAGUUGUUACAUAAAUCUUGUAGUCAGCCUCUUGUCAGCGGUUAUGCUGACCCUGUUUCGUUGCCUUGUUAGAUUGCUGUCUUUCCGUAUUCUGUGUAUUAUCAAGUUGCCAUGUUGAGCCAAGAGGCGAACCUUUCAUGGAAAAAGGGUGCACUGAAUCUGUAUUUUGUUAGUAUUUAAUGUUUAUAUUUCAGUUGCGGGAAUAAACUCACUGCGAACUCACAGAA